AUGGUGAUGCGUAUCUGGAGCGAUUGUUGCCGUUAUGUGCAAGGCGAAGCCUCGGCGACUUGCGAUUGGCUGGACCAGCAGAGUAUGAAUCGUAAUAUUCCACAAAUUCUCUACGAGUUAGAGGGAUAUGUGAAACCAGUUGGUCAAGUAGACAAGAACGUAUGGGGUUUCAUCUACAUCCCAGACCCGGCCGAGGCAGAGGACGGGACCCACGUCAAUAACCCCAUGAACAGGUCGUCGCUCCCUCCGGCUCCAGUCUUCCUCCGGAAGUUCGAAUGGCCACCGACCCUCCCUUCCCACGGUCGGCUCAUGAAAGCAUUCACCUUUGUCAUGUCAACAGAAAUGGUUGAGCAGCUUCGGCAAGACCCUACAGCUGAGGGCGUGACAUCGGUCAGCGAUACUAUUCAAGCGUUCGUCUGGCGUUCAGCCAUAAGAGCGCGUCAUCGUGUGAAGACUCAUCUGUGGUGCGAGACCUCUGAUGAAGAUAAAAUGGCCAUAGUUGAGUUACCUAUCGACGUCAGACCGUAUUUCUCAAAGCUGCUACCAGAGUCGUAUAUGGGUAAUCUUGUCAUCAUCAACCGACCAAGUAUGCCUGUGGCGAUGCUCUGUGGCACAGGCACAACAGUCGGGCAAGUUGCCCAGGUGCUCCGAGCUGCAACAGUUCACAUCACACCCUCAUUAGUCCACGAUGCAUUCACGCUGCUGCAGUCGGUACCUGACUACACCAAGGUGACUACCGCGUGCAUGGGGAUGGACGGGAUGCAUAUUGCAGUCACCAACUUGAUGCUUUUCCAAACAAGCGCUAUCUCCUUUGGAGACGAGUUACUGGAUGACAGCGGCAUGCCGUCAGCGAUGCGCAUACAGAUGGUUGCUAUCAAUGCGGCAUUCCGGAUGGCGGUUAUACAUCCACUGCGCGAAGACGGAAGUAUUGAGUUUGUUAUUGGUAUGCUGCCAGAAGAACCUGAUGCAGUACUAGCAGAUGGCGAGUUUACUAGGUAUUGCAGGUUCAUAGGUUAG